AUGCGAAGAGCGUUCUUGCAUAUAUCUGCACUUACGCGGUCGAGAAAGAAGGAUGCGACGGAGCUGAAGUCGACGCUGUCAUUCCUGGCACGAGGUGCAGACGCAUCGAAGACGCUGGCCAAUCUGUUAGACGCAAAGCUUAAUGGUGACAGCAGUACGGGAAGCAUAUCUGCACCAUCAGAGAAGAAGCAUGUGGAUAAUGUUCUGAAAGUACUUAAUGCCACUUUACCAAACGAGAAGGUAAGCGCGAAAAGAGUGCAAGAUCACUACGACGUAUUUUUCCACCAGUUGAAGGCGUUGGUUCAACGUAUUCCUCAGGCAACUGCAACUUCUGUAAAUAGGAAAGCUGGUACCCGAAGUACUGAAAAUGUGGACUUGUUGUCGAGGCAAGUGGACUAUAAACAUUUGACCGGUGAAGAACUGUAUCAACGUUUGAUGUUGCUGCACUUGAUGCAUAAAUUAACCACUGUGGAGAUGAUCAAGAUAAUACUUUCUAAGCAGUUCGAUCAGGUCACAAAACUUAAAGAUAAUAUGUCGCUGUUUGCACCGGAAGUGAGGUUGGAUAUUUCAAUCUUGCUGUUUUAUAGAACGCACGAUGCUGAACUUUGGAAUACGUACUACGCCAUGUGGGUGGAACACUUCAGUUCCCUUUCAAUCCCAAUGAAACGGUUGUUUUGGAGGUGUGUCUAUCAUAGGGGAGAAGUAGAGGAUACGAUUGCGCUGCUCCCCGAUUGGAACAUCAACGAGUUGGUAGUAAUGUAUCAGUCGUUGUUCAAGAAUGCAAACCUGCUCCCGAUAUACCACGACACUAUCCCAGUAUCAAAGAGUAACUGUGACUUAUUUAUGAGAACCCUUAGACUUCUGUCGUCACAAGACCCGCAGUACGAAUCAUACCUGGUAAAAGUGGUUAAGUUGUCUAUAGAGGCCAAGAUAAGCGAUGCAACUGAGAUGAGCAUUCAAAGGCAGUACAAGUUCACAACUUCCUUGCACCUGGUGCUCCAUGACCUCUAUAACAAGACAAAAUCAACGAGCCUACAGGCCGAAAUUCAAGAUAUUUUCCUGCGGAUCGACAGGGAGGAGAAGGAUUUGAAGACUCAAAUGUCUCUGAAAUUUACAUGA